AAUCAUCCUAGAUGUAAACCAAACACAUGUGUUGUCAUGUUGAAGUGAAACUAGCUAAAUAACCUAAGCAAUACUGUAAAUCUUGACUGGUUUUGUGAAGGAUUCGAUGUAUGAUUUUAUAUACUAGCCUAUUGGAUACAUUGUAACAAGUCAAAAUGAAGUUUUACGUACAUUCCAAUGACCAUGGGUUCACCAUGGUGGUCAGAUGUCAGGAUGGCUACAAAGGAACAGUGGAGGACAUUGCCAUGAUGUUUGUUAAAGAGUUGAGGAAGAAACUACCAGCAGCAUUAACAGACAAUGUUGAUGUGGAAGUGAAGAAAAGCCAUAAAGUUUUAGACCUGAAUUGGGAAGUAAAGAGAAAAGUAAAGGAUAAAGACGACUUGUUUCUUACUGUUCACCAACGUACAACAACCAGAUCUGAUACCCAGAAAACUGCUGAUGUUAAAGAGCCGAAAAGUGCUGACACUAAAGUUGCUAAAGAAGACAGUGAGAAACAGGCCCCUCCUACAAAGGAAAGGAAACCUAACAGUAAGGCAGAUGGACUAAUGCAGUUAGCUGUCCAGUUUAUAACCAAAGGGAACUUACAACAAGCCGCCAGGACACUGGACGAAGUCACCAAGAUAGACCCAGGCAACAUGGAAGCUCACCUAGGUCUUGUUGAUAUCUAUCUGAAGGCAGAUCGACCCAAGAAAGCCUUAAAAUGGUGCAAGAAAACAAGAGAGAACCACAACAGUAAAGAACUGGCUCUCAGGGAAGCCCAGUGUUACCUAAACAUGAAGAAGUCAGACAAAGCCGUUGACCUCUUGUUGACCUACUGCAAGGACAUGAGAAUGUCAGGAGGCGGACCUAAAGGCAUUAAAUAUGAUGUACAGGUGAUGUUGGCCAGAGCUUAUCUACAGAAGGACCAGAAGGAUAUGGCCAUUACAGUAUUACAGGGUGUUCUGAGGGAGGACGAGAAGAAUGUGGAUGCCCUAGCAGAGUUCGCUCCCUUGGUAUUCCCGUACGCUCAGCCGAGUCAGAAGGAGAACACAAUGUCUGUGGUCCUCACUCUUCUGUCAAACAACAAAGAUAACAGCUACAUUAAGGAGAAGUUUGCCUCUAUGUGUAAAGCGGAGCAUGGCCUUGAGGUGUUGGAGAGUGUGUCUGGGGGUGCCUGGAAGGAUAUUUCAGCUCUAGUAUUCAUGGCGACAUCCCUGCGUGAUUGUGGAGCCAUAAAGGAGUCCUUGAAGUUGUUGGAACAUGCCUACAGAUUGGAGCCUAGCAAUGCCCACACACUGUUAACCUACGUCCACACAAUGGAGCUUCCCCUGACUUGAGUGACCUUGACCUAGCACAUGUUGACCCCAUCAUUGGGGACUACAGUGAGGAACAACGCUACCUCUUGGCUCUCAUGUUUACACUGGUCAAAAUUCUAUUCAUUAAAGGAGCUCUUGGAUACAUUCCAGCCCUUAUUAAGUUACUGGACCCUUGCGUCGAGGGCCACAACCUGCAUGAGACAAACAUCCGGAAUGAAUAUGCAUACUACACUUGUAUUGGCAAGGUACUAGGACAACAAGGAGAUCUGCCUCGCCUCUCCCCAGACACGUCUUACGUAUACUUUGUAGGGGACAGUCACUGUGUACCUCCCGCCUGGCAAAAAAUCAGGUACCAAGAGAACCAGGUAACUAUCCAUCCAAUCUUGUCUACUGGCACCAAGAUCUGGCACCUGAGGGAGGAAAGUCUCUUCUACCCAAAGACAAACUUCGUGUCAGCAGUGGGUGUCAUACCCAACAAUUCUACAGUGAUGUUUUGUUUGGGAGAGAUUGACUGUCGUGAGGCUCUCCUAAACUGUGUAGAGAAUGCCAGAUAUGAUACUUUGGAGGAUGCCAUCAAUGCUGUCAUAGACAUCUACCUGGAAAAGCUAUUAUCUUUGAGAAAGGAAAGGAACUUUGACAUCCAUGUACACCCGGUGAUGCCUGUCCUUGAGCCUACCAGACCUGUGGUAAUACAGUUUAACAAACAGUUGGCGACAAGAGUUAACAAAAACAAGCGGCUACACUGGAUGAGAUUUGUGGAGGAUCUUCUGGUAGAUGGUGGCCUAAAGUCAGAAUAUGAGUUUGACGGAACACAUUGUCAUCCAAGUUAUGUAUCAUUGUUAGAGAAAGCACUGGCAGAGAACAACGCAGAGGCAGCUGAGAGCUGAUAGAUUAAUAGACUCCUGCUUUUAGCUUGGAACAUAAUAGAGGCAGCUGACAACUACUACAAUAAUAGACUCGCUCGGAACGUAAUGGAGGCAGCUCAGAGCUGAUAAAGAAAUCAAUGGACUUGCUCAGAGCAUAAUGGAGGUCACUUCAGAUUAUACAAUGACUGUACUACAAUGGAAGGACAAUUACAACGUGUCUUAUUUUGUGUAACAGAACAAUGCACAACCAAAUAUCCGUCCUGAGGAAAGCCGUCUGUAGUCACACUUUUUUACCAAACUAUCAAUUAAUGUAUGAAAAUUAAGUGUUCAGGUUUUGUUCAGGUAUGAUUAAAUAAUUUUCAACUACA